AUGGAUUACGGUCUCCGCAGCUCCACAGACCCUUACCAACAGGAUGUCAUCAUGCACUAUGCAAACGGCACGGAAUUUGAGGUGCCAAUGAAAGCUCUGGAUGUCUUCGUCAUGUACAACGUCCGAGUGUGCAUCAACUACGGCUGCCAGCUUGGAGCAUCAAUUGUUCUACUGAUCAUCCUUCUGCUUUUGACACAUUCUGACAAGCGAAAGUCCUCGGUGUUUAUCUUGAAUAGCAUGGCACUGUUCUUCAACUGCCUGCGUCUGCUAUUCCAAGUCAUUCACUUCUCCACCAAGUUCGAAGAAGUAUACCCCUACUUCUCUUACGACUACUCCGCCGUGCCGGCGAGUGCAUAUGCCAUUUCAAUUGCGGCCACUGUCUUUCAGACCCUGGUUGUGGCUUGCAUUGAAGCAUCGCUUGUGCUUCAAACCAAUGUGAUUUGCUCGACUGUUCGUCGCCGAUACCGACACCCUCUCCUAGGGCUCUCGAUCCUGGUGGCCCUGUUCGUAUUUGGUUUCCGCUGCGCCUGGAUGGUCGAGAACUCGAUUGCCAUCAUCAAAGUGAUGUACAUGGAAUCAAUCUGGUGGAUUGAGAGCGCAACCAAUGUGACCCUCACCGUCUCCAUCUGCUUCUUCUGUGUGAUCUUUGUCACCAAGCUCGGAAUUGCCAUCAAGCAGCGCCGUCAACUUGGCGUGCGCGAGUUCGGCCCCAUGAGAAUCAUCUUUAUCAUGGGCUGCCAGACCAUGGUUGUUCCAGCCAUCUUCUCAAUCACACAAUACUACAUCAUCGUCCCGGAACUAGCGUCCAACGUCCUCACCCUGGUGGCCAUCUCACUCCCCUCUCAUCAAUCUGGGCCGGCGCUGCCCUCGAACAAUCUCGACCGCCUCGCAGUCAAGACGCGCGCCGACGUAACCUAUGGCGAGUCCUCGCUGGUGGAGCCAACAGCACAUUGA